GCCUCAGGGCCUUCCAGGAAGGGAAGAGGCCUGACUUUGGGGCAGUUGGAGCCGUCUCUGCCCCAGGCCGCUGCUCUGGUUUGCUCUCCAUUGUCCACUGGAGCGGAGCCUUCUCUUGGCCACCGCCCAGCCGCCGGCCGUGGAGGGACGCACCCCCGCCUCCACUCCCCAGUCCGGGAGAGGACAGGCAGGGGCCCUGCAGGACCUGCUGAUGAGCCGCUGUCCCACUCCCUGGCAGUGACCAGCCCGGAGAGCAGCAGGCCCUGCCCAAGCACCACCCCCACGCUAUGGAAAGGAGGCCCCGGCCGGCCGGGGUGGGAGCCACGUCUCUCCUGAGGCUCGCCCGCUCACGUCUGAGUGCCCAGGGUGAUCCGGCGACAGGAACGCCCCCGGCCUCAGGACCCGCGCUUCUCUGCAGGGCAUGGCGCAGGCAGGGACAGCGCCGCCCGGGGAGGCCCCGCGCCCGCCGCCUGUUUUCAAGCUGGUUCUCCUGGGCAGCGGCUCGGUGGGCAAGUCCAGCCUGGCCCUUCGCUACGUGAAGAACGACUUCAAGAGCGUCCUGCCGACCGUGGGCUGCGCGUUCUUCACCAAGGUGGUGGACCUGGGGGUGACCUCGGUGAAGCUGGAGAUAUGGGACACGGCCGGCCAGGAGAAGUACCACAGCGUCUGCCACCUCUACUUCCGGGGCGCCAGCGCCGCCCUGCUGGUGUACGACAUCACCUGCAAGGACUCCUUCCACAAGGCCCAGCAGUGGCUGGAGGACCUGGAGAAGGAGUUGCACCUGGGAGAGGUGGUGGUGAUGCUGGUGGGCAACAAGACGGACCUCAGCCAGCAGCGGGAGGUGGCCUUCCAGGAAGGGAAGGAGUUCGCGGAGAGCAGACGGCUGCUGUUCCUGGAGGCCUCAGCCAAGCUCAACCACCAGGUGUCGGAGAUCUUCAGCGCCGUGGCCCGAGAACUAUUGCAGAGAGAAGGCGCCAGGCAGGGCCAGGCCCAGCGGAGCCGUGCCGCCAUGGUUCUCAACCAGGGAUCCACCAGGCCGGCCAAAUGCUGCAGCCACUAGGGCGGCCACCCAGGAGGGCCGUGGGAGGAUGUCCCCGCCCAGCCUCGGGGGUCCCUGGCCUGGACCGUGUGCAGAGCGAGCCGCCGCCAUCACCAUGGAUGCCGCAUUGCUGCUGAGCCCGGAAAUCCUGGAAGUCGGCGUCCUACCCCAGAACCAUGGCCAGGAGCCGAGACACCUGGGCCAGGUGCACCUGCGCCCUCCUGGGCUGCCACCUCUCGGCUGCCUCGCCCCCAGACACAGGAAGGAGCUCACACCGGCGGGGCUCGCAGACGCUCUGCUCACCGUCGUGGGUGGAUGCACACACUCACCUGGUGGUGGCCCCGGAGCUGAGCCCACCUGCCUCAGGGAGGUGGGGGGAGGUUCCACCGUGGGGGUCUCAGUGAAGCUGUCCAGGGGAGAUGGGGCCUGGCAGAGGGCGGCCGGGGCUGGGGGCGCCGGGCCCUCACUCUCUCUUCUCCUGCUGGGGUUCUGAUGAAGCCUCAGGACCCUGGGGCUGAGAAAUAAAUGGUACCUUGGAUGCA